UAACACGAGAGAUAACACUAAUGUUUCAUGUUUAAUUACGGGAAUAUGUCACUUUCAAAAUAUUUAACAGAGUACUUUUCAGAUGAAGAAAGUGGGGCGAUAAGCGAUUCUGAAGAAGAAGGACAAGCAGAUGCCAAGCCGAAGCCGAAGGACUGGCGUCCAUCAACAUUCUUAUCUUUGGACUUUUCGGUUCACCUGUCGGUGUCUCUAUCAAACGUAACUCCAUAUCGAGCGAUAAGAUUUGACACGGUUGAUACGAAUCAUGACGAUUGCUAUAAUGUCACAACAGGGCGAUUUACUGCACCGCUAAAAGGAUUGUAUGUUUUCUUUGCCACAAUAACUACCACCGAAAGACUUAAAGCAACGCUAUGUUUUAUUCAUAAGUUCCACCCUGUGGACCAAUCAAAAGUUAAGGAAAGGGAGCAACUAAUAGAGGGGUUUAACAGCAAAACUAUAGCUGUGGUGCUGACACUUGAUAAAGAGGACGACGUUUGGGUUCUAAAUGUUUCCAAGGUGUCAGAUGUCAACCAAAUGCAAGAACCUUACUACACAUCUUUUUCGGGUGGUUUAGUUGAUAAACUUACUUCAGACUGACUGUCAUCUUUGCUUUUUGUGUAAAUGAUUUAUGUUGUCAUUUAUGCACGAAGUUGAAAAUGUUUUAAAGGGACUCCGCUGGUGUUUCUGACAUGACGAGACUGGACAUAAUUUUUUCCAGAUUUAUGUUUCAUAGAUGUAGGUCUGGACCAAAAACUUAUGUGCAAAACUUCAGAUCAUGCACCCACUCCGUUUUAUUUUUUCAAAACAGUUACCCAAGUGUGUAAAAAGACGCAAAAUUUAAAGGCGUUCCACCGCUUUUCAGUCAAAUCGGGCUAAGAAUAGCACAACAAUACGAUUUCUAAUUAUUUUCCGUGUACAGUUCUUAAUUAUCUUUUACAUAUUUGUAUGCUUUAUGACAUACAACUCUAUAUCACUUUAUAAUGAUUGUUUUCAUUAUAAAAUAUAUGCCGGUUGAAAGUAAUAUUGAACAUUUUUGUGACGACCAUAUGAUUUCAAAUGAGAACUAGAUAAGAUCUACGUAAGAACUAGAUAAGAUCUACGUAACAAAUUUAAAUUUUAUGUUUUUAGACUUUAAGACCUCAGCAGAUCACGUUCCUUAAAGGCUCAUUCCAUAUGGAUACAUUCAGAGCAUAGCCUUCUAUAUUGUUUUAUAGAUUUUAUUAUUUACAGAGUGUCAUUAUCGUUAAAGAUAAAAUUUUAUUAAAUAUUUAAGGAACUCAA